AUGGCUGACCAAAUUAAUGGAAAUGUUGAUCAUAUACAGCGUUUUGAUUUUGAUGAAGAUGAUGUAUACGCCAAUGAAGAAACAACAGCAAGUGAAAGAAGAGAUGAAAUGGAAAACAAGGAGGAAGAGUCUACUGGAGGUGAUUUCAGAGAGGUAAAAUGCUACAGAGUGUCUGUAGUGAGUCUGGUGCUGCUGUGUCUUCUGCUGCUGGCCAUCAUUAUAUCAGUGGCCAUCAAAGGAACUCUACAGCAAUUCAUGAACAACAACCUGACCCAGGAAAAAGACCAACUGAAGACAGCAAUCACCAUCCUGACCCAAGAGAAAGAACAGUUACAGACAGAGAAUAACAACCUGACCCAGGAAAAAGACCAACUGCAGGCAACAAUCAGCCAUCUAAACAAGCUGUGGGGGUGGAAGAGUUUUGGUUCCAGUCUUUACUACAUUUACAGCGAUAAGAAAAGUUGGGCUGACAGCAAACAGCACUGCAUGGAUCUAGGAGCUCAUCUGGUGAUCAUUGACAGUCAGGAGGAACAAGAAUUUAUCCUCGAACGAAUAAAGACAAGAGCCUGGAUUGGUCUCAGUGAUUUGGAGACUGAGGGUGUCUGGAAAUGGGUAGAUGGCAACAAUCUUGGCAAACCCAGAUUCUGGAUGCAGGGUGAACCAAACGACCAGGAUGGUGGUGAAGACUGUGUAGAGAUAAUAGCUUCACAGAAACCGUUAGCCAGCUGGAAGGAUCAUGUCUGUGGGAUCACCAAGAACUACAUCUGUGAGAUAUAA